AUGAGCUCGGUCCAGCUGGCCCCCCAAGAGCUGGCCCGCUGGCGGGACCAGGAGGAGAAGAGGAGCCUGGAGAUGAUUGAGCAGCUACAGAAGGAGCCGUGCAGCCUCCCGGCCUCCAAACUGACCCACAAGGGGGAAGUUGAGAUCCUGCGGGACAUGGACCAGAUGCUGACCCUGGAGGAUCUGGUGGGACCCAUGGUGUCCAUAGACGGCGACCCACUGGCCCUGCCUGCCACGUCGAAGGGCACCACGGAGCAGCACGAGGACACCACAGAGCAGCACGAGCACCACUUCCUAGACCCCAGCUGCCGCAUCUGCAUGGACUGGAAGCCCUUGUGUGAGCAGCCAGCCUCCUUCAUAGCCACCAGGAGGAUGGGGGAUGAUGCUUUCCAGAGAGCCCCAAGCCUAGUCCCUAUGUCCUCUCCAGAGAUGCCCCAAACCAAGGAGAAGCCUCCCACGGAGCCCAAGGACAGGGUCCCUCCCUCUAGGCUCCAGAUGCCUGCUGGGUCCACAAAAGCCCUGCCCAGCCAGCCGCCCUGGGAGGGGUCUCUGGACAUGUUCUCCAUUAAGCGGUUCCAGGUCAAGGCCCAGCUGGUCUCGGGGCACAGCUUUCGGCUCAUCCGGGCCCUGCCCCAGGUGAUCCGCUCCGCAGGCUGCAUCCCCCCCAGUGCUGUCUGGGACUUUCUGGCCAGCAUCUGCCCAGCCAAGGCCAAGGCCUGGAAGCCACUCACUCAAGCCUGUUGCUGGCGGUGCUGCUCCCCAAGGCAGGGCUUCUGGACACAGCAGAGUCCAGCCCCUUCGGGGGGAAGGUUCGCAAAAUGCUCUCCUUCAACAGAAAAGUGGAGAUGA